AUGUCUUUUCGGCCGCAGACAACGCCAAACGUUCUUCAAGACGUUUGCGAUACCUCGAAUGAUCUCCACAAGCUUCUACCGAGUGCUAUCGCCCAGAGCAAAGCGAGCUUUGCUGAGUCCACUCCUACGCUAGUGGCUGUUUCCAAGUUUCAAAAACAUGGUGAUCAGACGCAACAGGCACUUGAGGAAGGUUCCUCCAUAUUCGCCCCAACAAGCUCGAAAAACGUCACUCCCUCGUUGAGUAAGAAUAACUACCAGAAAUUUUGCUACAGACACAACCCGGAGGUGAAGAGAACCACGAGAGUCGACGAAGACAAGAUGAGGCAGAUUCAGAAUUCUCUCGAGAAGCUUCCAAUCAGAGAACAGGAGGCAAUUAGCAACGUGUGGUCGCUUUUUUCUGCUGCGCCAAGCCAUCAUAGAACUCUGAUGCUUCAAGGAUUAUUGACCCAGUGUUGCUUUCCCCAGUUAUCGAUGCUUUCUGAGGAGGUGUCCUCUCUGAUUAAGAUUGACUUUAUCACCGCGUUACCAAGUGAACUCUCGCUGAAGAUCCUUUGUUAUCUCGACUGUGCUUCGUUGUGCAAUGCGGCUCAGGUAUCAACCAAAUGGAAGAAACUAGCUGACGAUGACCGUGUUUGGCAUCAUAUGUGCGAGCAGCACAUCGACAAGAAGUGUCCUCAGUGUGGAUGGGGAUUGCCCUUAAUGCUCUUGAAGAGAGCCAGAGAGAUGCCCACUGCUCCCAGUGCUGCUGCUACUGUGGUGACGCCACCAGCAUCGGGCUCUGAAGCUGAACAAGAAACUACAGUGACCAAGAAGAGAAAGAACAAUUCUGGCAAAGCAGAACCUGCAACAGAUAUCGACAUGGUGGCGUCCUCUUCUUCUAACAGCCAGCAACAGGCGGUUCGUAAGACGAGGCCAUGGAAGAUUGUCUACAGUGAGCGUUACAAGGUGGAGAGGAAUUGGAGGAAGGGAAUCUACAAGGCCAAGGAAUUUCAAGGCCAUGAAGACGGUGUGACGUGCAUUCAAUUCGAUGACCAAUUUUUGAUGACUGGAUCUUACGAUAAGACCGUGAAGAUCUGGAAUGUGAAUACUGGUGAACUGCUUAGGACUCUGGAGGGCCACAAUGGUGGAAUUAAAGCCCUCGUUUUUGACGAUCAGAAGCUGAUCACUGGUGGUCUAGAUUCAACGAUCAAGGUUUGGAAUCACCACACUGGUCAGUGUAUUUCGACAUACAGAGGCCAUGCCGAAAGUGUUCUCUCUGUCGACUUCCACAAUAAAACCAUUGUCUCUGGAAGUGCAGACCAUACUGUGAAAGUGUGGCAUGUGGAGACCAGAACCUGUUACUCUCUGCGUGGUCACACCGAAUGGGUUACCUGUGUCAAGAUUCACCCAAAGAGCAACACCAUAUUUAGCGCAUCAGACGAUUCCACGGUGAGAAUGUGGGAUAUGAGCACCAACCAAUGCAUACGUAUCUUUGGUGGGUUUAAGGACAACGGUCACAUCGGCCAAGUCCAAUGCGUGAUUCCUUUGACUAUCAAGGAUGCUCUUGUGGAAGACGAAAAAGAAGGUUUUGAGGAGGAUACGGCUAGUAUCAGCGAAGACGCCGAAACAGGCACCAACGAUGAGAAUUCUGAGGAGGAUCUCAACAACAAAAUUCUAGAUGAUCCUAACUACCCAACUCAUCUUUUGACUUCUUCUCUUGACAACACGAUCAAGGUAUGGGAUGUGAAAACAGGAAAGUGUAUAAGAACUCAGUUUGGUCACAUCGAAGGUGUUUGGUCUAUUGCUGCUGAUACCUUCAGAAUAGUGUCUGGAGCCCACGACAGACUUAUCAAAGUCUGGGACUUGCAGAGUGGAAAGUGCAUGCACACAUUUGGAGGAAACAGUGCCCCGAUAUCAUGUGUCGCUUUAGGGGACUCCAGGUUUGUGAGUGGUCUUGAGAAUGGUCGUGUCAAGAUGUACUGUUUUGACGAUGUGUGA